GACUGACGAGGGCAUUUUGAGGUUACAUUACAGGCAAACAACAAUCGUUCGUGACGCACGUGGUUUAGAAAGCUACUAAUUUACAACGAUUGUUUUCCGCUAUAUUGUGAUGUCGUUUUUUAUAAGAAGUGGCGGUCGAGGAGGUGCACAGAAGCGUAAACUUAAUGGCCACUUUAGCAAGAAAUCUACUGCUCAGUCUACGUCAAAACAAUCAAAGAAAUCAAAGAAAUCCAAAUUCAAUGACAAUGAGAGUAUUGCCAGUACGGAUGAAGAACUCGCAGAAGAAAAUUUAGGAAAUGAAGCACAAAAUGAAACUGAGGAAGAGGAGGAAACUGCACAAGAAAAACGUUUGAGGCUUGCUAAGAAAUAUCUUCAAGAAAUUGAAGAAGAAGAAAAAGAUAGAGCAGAAUUUGAAGAAGGUGCGGUCGCAAGGAGAUUACGCGAGGAAUAUUUGGAGGAGAAGGGCAGAUUGAGGAAAACUGUAGCGAUAAAUUAUGUUGGCCAUAAUGACCUUAUAACAUUGAGAUGUAAAGAACAUAAAUCGUCUAUUACCUGUAUUUGUCUUUCUAGCGAUGGCAAUGUGUUGUAUUCGGGAUCAAAGGAUGGUAGUUUAGUUAAGUGGUCGGUAAAGGAAAAGGUCAAAUUGAAAGCCCUUAGAGGAAACAGAGGCAAGACGAAACCUGGAAUGAAAUCUAUACGAUGUUUAGCAAUUAGCACAGAUCACAAGUUUCUUGUAGUAGGAGAUGGUGGAUGUAAAGAUAUAAAAGUGUUCUCUGGCGAUACUCUCGAUCAUAUAAAGAAUCUACAGGGUCACAGAGGUCCCGUGUCCGGACUGGUAUUCCGUAAAAAUACUCACACGUUAUACUCCGCAUCCGAAGAUAGGAGUGUGAAAGUAUGGAACCUAGACGAUAUGGCUUACGUUGAGUCUUUAUUUGGGCAUCAGAACGCCAUCACGUCCAUCGACGCGCUUUCACGAGAACGCGCUAUCACGAGCGGUGGUUACGACGGGACUAUUAGGAUAUGGAAAAUAGUCGAGGAGUCGCAGUUAAUAUUUAAUGGGCCCAACGCCGGCAAUAGCAUUGACGCGGUCAAGCUCAUCAACGAAGAGAACUUCUUCAGCGGUGGAGACGACGGGCAGCUUUGCGUUUGGGGCUGUUUGAAGAAGAAGCCGCUGUGUUCGAUACCGGAGGCGCACGGAAAGGACGAAACCAACGGCCAACCGAUGUGGAUUUCAAGUAUUGCCACACUAUUAAAUACAGAUUUAGUAGCGUCAGGAUCGCGAGACGGUACGAUCAAGUUGUGGCAAUGCGGUGAGAACUUCAAAUCCUUAACUUUGCUGUUCGAAGUUAAAUUGACGGGUUUCAUAAACGCGCUCGCGUUCACUCCCGAUGGGAAUCACCUUAUUGCUGGUGUAGGUAAUGAACAUAGAAGUGGCAGUUGGUGGCGAAUACCUGAAGCGAGGAAUGCAGUUGUUGUUAUACCACUAAUGCGUAAGCAAAAGACAAAUAAAUAAAUUUUAUAGAUCAUAUA